GCUUUAGCGCAGCCUCAGUAGAAACAAACACGGGGUGGGGCGAGGACGCAUGCGUACUGGGAAUGUCCUUGCGAGUUAGGAUGGUGACUCUGUUCCAGGUGGGAGGUAAAUGUGGGCACAGUUUUAGAGUGGUGAUGGGACUCAAGCCCUUGAAGAUCUUGGCACAGAGCAAUUCUGGCUGUCCAGCUGGAAUGUAUUAAAGCCUUUCCACUCUCGGGCUCUGCCCCCAGGAUGGUGGUGCCUUCGUUAAAACUUCAGGACCUAAUCGAAGAGAUACGCGGGGCCAAGACUCUGGCCCAGGAACGGGAAGUGAUUCAGAAGGAGUGUGCGCAAAUUCGGGCCUCCUUCCGAGAUGGGGACCCCCUGCAGAGGCAUCGCCAGCUGGCCAAAUUGCUCUACGUCCACAUGUUGGGCUACCCCGCCCACUUUGGACAGAUGGAGUGCCUGAAACUGAUCGCCUCCCCCAGAUUCACAGACAAGAGGGUGGGCUACCUUGGGGCCAUGCUUCUAUUGGAUGAGAGGCACGACGCCCAUCUGCUCAUUACCAACAGCAUCAAGAAUGACCUGAGCCAAGGGAUUCAGCCAGUUCAGGGUCUGGCCCUGUGUACUCUCAGCACCAUGGGCUCUGCUGAGAUGUGCCGAGACCUAGCCACCGAGGUGGAGAAGCUGCUCCUACAACCCAGCCCCUAUGUGCGGAAGAAGGCUGUUUUGACUGCUGUGCAUAUGAUCCGGAAGGACCCAGAGCUCUCCAGCAUCUUCCUCCCACCUUGUGCCAAACUGCUCCGUGAGCGUCAUCAUGGCAUCCUGCUGGGCACCGUCACGCUGAUCACGGAGCUCUGUGAAAGAAACCCUGCAGCCCUCAGGCACUUUCGAAAGGUAGUACCCCAGCUGGUACAGAUCCUCCGGACUCUAGUGACAACAGGAUACUCAACAGAGCACAGCAUCUCUGGAGUCAGUGAUCCCUUCUUACAGGUCCAGAUACUUCGUCUGCUUCGAAUCCUGGGACGGAACCAUGAGGAAAGCAGCGAGGCCAUGAAUGACUUGCUGGCCCAGGUCGCCACCAACACAGACACCAGCCGAAAUGCAGGCAACGCGGUCCUGUUGGAGACAGUGCUUACCAUCAUGGACAUCCACUCUGCAGCAGGCCUCCGGGUUCUAGCUGUUAACAUUCUUGGCCGUUUCUUGCUCAACAAUGACAAGAAUAUUAGGUAUGUGGCCCUGACAUCGUUGCUUCGGUUGGUGCAAUCUGAUCACAGUGCUGUGCAGCGUCACCGGUCCACUGUGGUAGAAUGUCUACAGGAAACAGAUGCCUCCCUUAGCAGGCGGGCCCUGGAGCUGAGCCUGGCUCUGGUGAACAGCUCCAAUGUGCGAGCCAUGAUGCAGGAGUUGCAGGCCUUUCUGGAAUCCUGCCCCCCUGAUCUUCGGGCUGACUGUGCCUCGGGCAUCCUGUUGGCUGCAGAGAGGUUUGCUCCAAGCAAGCGGUGGCACAUAGACACCAUCCUGCACGUGCUGACCACGGCAGGCACCCAUGUGAGGGACGACGCAGUGGCCAACCUGACCCAGCUGAUUGGGGAGGCUCAGGAGCUUCAUUCCUACUCUGUGCGCCGCCUCUACAGUGCCUUAGCAGAGGACAUCUCUCAGCAACCACUGGCUCAGGUGGCAGCCUGGUGCAUUGGCGAGUAUGGGGACCUCCUGCUGGAGGGUACCUGCCAGGAAACUGAGCCUUUUCAGGUGGAAGAGGAGAAAGUGCUAGCUCUCCUGGAAAAAGUGCUACAGUCCCACAUGUCCCUACCAGCCACCCGAGGCUAUGCCAUCACAGCUCUCAUGAAACUCAGCGCCCGGUUCCGGGGAGACAACAAUCGUAUCCGCCAGGUGGUGUCCAUCUACGGGAGCUGUGUGGACAUAGAGCUUCAACAGCGGGCUGUGGAAUAUAACGUACUCUUCCAGAAAUAUGACCACAUGAGGGCUGCCAUCCUUGAAAAGAUGCCGCUUGUGGAGCGUGGUGAUUCUCAAGUUAUUGAGGAAAAGAAGGAAAACAAAGAAGGGGCCCAGCUCUUGGAAGCAGCAGCCCCUGUCCCCACAGAGCCCCAGGCCGCUAAGCUCUUGGAUCUGCUCGAUCUCCUGGAUGACACUCCUGGGCAUACCCAACAUCUUCCUCUGGCUCCUUCCCCAGGGGAGGCCUUAGUACACCUCCUCGACCUUCCCUGUGCACCUCCGCCCCCUGCUCCCAUCCCCAGUCUCAGAGUGUUUGAACGUGAGGGUGUACAGCUGGACCUUUCUUUCACACGGCCCCUGGAAACCCCAGGCUUGCUCUUAGUCACUGCCACCAGCACCAACUCCUCAAAGGAGGAUGUUACCCACUUCGUUUGCCAGGCAGCUGUGCCCAAGAGUUUCCAGAUGCAAUUACAGGCUCCCAGUGGGGACACAAUUCCAGCGCAGGGUGGCCUUCCUGUCACCCAGCUCUUCAGAAUCCUCAAUCCUAACAAGGCAACUUUGCGACUAAAGCUGCGCCUCACCUACAACCACUUUGGCCAGCCAGUACAGGAGAUCUUUGAGGUGGAUAACUUGCCUGUGGAGACAUGGCAGUAAAUUGCUGUGGUCUGUGUCUGGCCUGGGUGUUUCUAGGCUCUUGGUGUCUUAUUGGAGGAAUGGAAAUAAAGGUGCACAUAAAUUGCCAAUA